CAGCCAACAACACCAGGAAGUAGCAACAGUCCGUGCCACAGUUGACGUCACCUAUAGGGGGAAUUGAAUGAUAGGGAUGCGACGCGCAAUCUGCGAAGUUCAGCAGCCUCUCCAGGUAACGAUGUUGAGCCUUCCACGCCAUGCGAGCCGUCGCAAACCGCUAGCAAGCUCUGCACCUUAACAUGUAUUGCCAGCUCGACGCGUCCCGGAAAGAGAUACGUCUACUCCAUGUUCAUCCAGGGGCCUGGAAUGAUGACAUCGCAUGCCACCUGGAGACCGUCUCGCUGAACGAUAACCCAAAAUUCCACGCCAUCUCGUACGUUUGGGGUGACCCAACGGUAACGUUACCCAUCAGGAUCGAUGGAGAGUCGCUGGAGAUAACGCGGAAUCUGCGCAAUGGGCUGCAACGAUUGCGGAGAACGGAUAAGGCCUUGAUCAUCUACGCAGAUGCAGCCUGCAUCAACCAGUCGGACCUCAAAGAGCGUUCGGAACAAGUACAGCUUAUGGGCGAAAUAUAUAGUUUGGCGGAAGAAACCUUCAUCUGGCUCGGCUACGGACGCAGCCCUCGAGCUCCCUUCAAACGACCAGCCACCGUCAACUGGACUGGAGAUGAAAGAGACGCCACGACCGUGGAUGACUACUUCAAGCAGAGCAAGAUUCGAGAUGGGAGAAGAGGAGAGCAAAAGGAGGCGGAGGACGUACUUGGCUUCUUUGUUUACAUACGAAUCUGUGGCAUGGACAAGCACGUAGGCGAAAUCCCCUUCUUCACUGUAGAGAACGGGCGGCUGCUUCGCAAGGAGAGCUGGUCAGCAGUCAUUCGAGCUACGAAGACAUGGAUUGGAAAUCCAUGGUGGUAUCGGAUCUGGGUUGUACAAGAGACGGUGCUUGCUCGACGGGCCACAGUGGUUUACUGCAACAACACGAUGCCAUGGAAUACACUCAUAGAGGCAGUUCAGUCAAUAACCAGACACUCCAAAGGCUGUUGUAGAAGCCUUAGCUUGUCACUGCCGACAAACGGCAGGUUGGCUUGGAGUCAAUUAUCAUUCGCCGUGCACACCGGCGCGGUAGCCCUCCAGAAGCUCAGACAGCGAGGUAAAAGACUGUGUCUGAGUCAAGUCAUGCGUCUAGUACACCUGCACGAAGCGACAAAUAUCAGGGACAAUGUGUUCGGUGUACUAGGACUCGUAACAGACUGGCAAGGUACACCGCCCAUUAUCCCUGACUACAGUCUCUCUCCCAAAGAAGUCUUCGUUCAAGCGACCGUCAGGGAUAUACGCGGUACCCGCUCAUUGGGUGCAUUGAUGGGUAGAACCAUGGCCGGCGUAUCAGGCAUACCAUCUUGGGUCGUGGAAAUCAGCCCGAAAACACCAACACAGUACGCCGUCGCACAACUCAAACUACAUCGCUCAGCACUUUAUUCCGCAGCAGGCGCAACGGCAGCCCACAUUGAGAGAAGGAAGGAUAUCCUCACGGUAGACGCUUUUGAGCCAAGCCAGACAAUCUCUCAAGUCUCACACAUACUACAUACGGAGCGACUUACUUGGAAAAACAUCAUCGACACCCUCGAUACAUGCUACCGUAUGAUUGAAGCCGAGAAGGAAAGGGUCUUUUGCGCUUUAGGGAAUCACACGCUAGAAGAGGCGCUUUGGAGGACCUUGACGACAGAUAGCUGGGAGCCGCUUUCGUCCAAUCAAGCUGCUUCGUCCAACGACUCUCCUAGGGGGAACAAAUCUCGAAGAUUCGGCAACGCAAACGUCACGCGUUUGGGAAGGAACUUGCAGUCUUGGUGUCAGGCUCGAGCGACUAAUCCCAAUGCCGCGGGGAGCUUGCAUGGCGAAGAUCUCAGUGAUGAUCGCUUCUUCUAUGAGACGUGCUUUACGUCGGGGUUUGAUCGGAGAUUCUUCAUCACGACAGACGGCCGUAUGGGCGUUGGUCCACCGGAGAUGCUUCCUGGUGACUCCAUAGCUAUCUUAUUGGGAGGCAACGUACCAUUCUGCAUCCGAGCAGUCCCAGAUGCGCCCAAAGGUCACUAUACGCUCGUUGGAGAAACAUAUGUGCAUGGUUUGAUGGACCGAGAAGGCGUUCCAGCGGAUUGGAAAGAGUAUGUUGUCAAAAUACAUCUGCAUUGAACGGAUUUCGAUAGAAAGAAGGGGAAAAGUACCUGCGGAUGCGGUGGAAGGGCCAGCGGUCUGUUUUCAUAGCCGACGAACGGGUUUGGCGGCGGCCGCGAGUGACUGAGCUGGCUGUUGCUAUAUGUAUGACCACUAGCAACGCUGCUGCUAACGGCGAUGCUGCUGCUGCAUAUAUUUCUGCUAUUAGUAGGGACGCCAAGUUGCUGCUGAUGCCAGUUCUUCUUGUUGGUGAGCUUAGUAAGGCGAGUCUGCAGUUGAAUGGUGGAGUCGCGCGACGCUUGCAGCUCGCUGUUUAUACAUUCCAAUGAUGUACCUGCGACAAGUACACUUGUCCCAGAGAUAUACACUGUACUUUACUUUGCGAUAUGUCGCGGUAAAGUGCGAUGUAUACUCCAGGGCACAUUCCCUGGAAUGAAUAGAGGAGUGUACGUAGAAAGCAGCCCGAAUAGGCACGAAGACGAGACAAGAACAAUGAAUUGCAC